UAUCGCACUUCAUUGAUAGCAUUCCGGUGGCUGGCAACGUAUAUAUCGUAAAUAACUAGUUCAACAAAAACUGUGGUCUGCAUAAAUAUAUUAACCGAGGUAUAAAUACGUUAUGAUUAAUAUUUAUCAAUUAAUCUGAGCUAGAUCGUUGCUUGAUUAGUUUUUGUGGCAAUCAAACAUUCCUGUAUAGGUACCAAGUGUGUGAAGGAUUUAUCAGUGACACUUGAACGUUAUCACUCACGGCGCAUUUUCUAAACAACAAUGGAGUCCUCCAACUCCUAUCAUCCGAUAUCUCCGGUCAAUGAGACUGUGGCGGGUAUCGAGAUGGAACUGCUGCACGUGGGAUCGGAGCCGGUCGGCAUGCGGUGUCCGUACUGCUACGAAGAUGUCAUGACAAGAGCCCAUUACAGAAACACCAGGUUAACUCACACAAUUGCCGUAAUACUGGGCAUAUUCUUCUGGUGGUUGUGUUGCUGCCUAAUCCCGUACUUCGUCAAGAGGUGGAAGAAUGUGGAGCAUUACUGCCCGAACUGCCGCAGAUACUUGGGGAUGUAUAGCAGGCGGCCUGCUAUUUUAUAGACCACAAGCGAUUUCCCGCUAUAAUUUGACAUAAGGUUUUUAGUCAUAGAGUACGAAUUACGCAUUGGAUAGUUACCUAUUUAGAUUACUUUUGUUUGACAAUUAGUUGGUUAGGGAAAUACGGCAGCAACAAGGAAUGAGCAGUUAGGUAAGUUAUGAUAGUCAUGUACAGUUGUUGAAUUGAAAUUCCAUUUUAUUAUGUCAAACAAAAUAGUUUAAGCGCAAUUAUUACCUAUAUGUAGUUGUUGCGUGUUUUUGAUAAAUCAAGGUAUUGCCUCGACUAUAAUUUGGUGUUCGAAGAGUUAACAUAAAGAGUCAUAUAAUGAUAUAAGUACCUAUACGUAAGGCUUAUAUUUGUAAAAACCAACACAGUAGGUGUAAGUAUUUAAAGGAAAAUCAAAUAAGCAUUAGACAACUAUCCAUAGGUGUAUUUAUUAAAACAUAAGUAGGUAGAAAUCGUACAAAAGAAAGACCCUUGAAAAGUAUAUCACAGAACCGAAUAUACAUUUUUAUCAUAAUUAGAGAUACUUUUUUAUAAUAAAUUAUAUUUUUCAUAAAAAAAUAUACUUAAUAUUAAGCUAUUAUCUAAAACAUACAAUAAAUUAUAAAUUCGAUAGGCAUUUGGUCAAAUGUGAUCAAAUACAUAAUAUUCAUAUUAUUUAUGACAAAAGAACUUAAAAUUAUGUCUUACAAGUUUUAAUUAGGAAAUUAUAAGUUUAGAUGCCGAUCCAUUACCUUGCUAUGUGUAUUUUUAUGUACUUAGGAAAUUAUGCACUUUGCAUUACAAUAUUCCUUUCUGUACCUACAUCGGAAAUGCAUUUUAACACUAGUGGUGAAUUAUAUUAAUAUUAUUCAAGUAAGAAGACGAAUGUAAUAUAUAUUUGAAUGAAAA